AUGGACGCUGCGUUCUUCACUGGCCGCAAGCGAGCCCAUAAAAGCUCCCCCCAAGAGCUCACAGGCGCUGCAGCUUCUAGUCAUGCAUCAAAGCAGCAGCAGCAGCAGCAGCAGCAGCUGCAGCAGCAGCAGCAGCAGCAGGUGCUGCUGCACCAAGGGCGACGGCUUGGGAGCCUCCGGCAAAGACACCCGAGAAGGCAUUUGUCCCUCAGCAUGCGACUAAGGAAAAGGUCCUCUCGCAGCAUUCCUGUAGAUUCAAACAGGCCCAGCAGCAGCAGCAGCAGCAGCAGCAGCAGCAGCAGCAGCAACAGCAAGAGCAGCAGCAGCAACCGCAGCAGCAGCAGAGGGAGGCAGACCGUGUCUUCUCCUGCUGCAGCAGAAGGCGCAGCAGCAAGGCAGCAGCAUGAGUCUCUAGUGGAGGUGCAGCAGCGGCUGAAUAGCGCCCCGCUGCAGCAGCUGCUGCAGCAGCAGCUGCAGCGGCAGCGGCAGCAGCGGCAGCAGAAAUGGAGAGAGAAGCAAAACUCGAGAGACACACAAAAGACCCAAGAGACGCAGCAGCUGCAGGCUCUGCAGCAACGAUUUGCUGCUGCUGCUGCUGCUGCUGCUGCAGUGCCACACCAGUCGCCUACGACAGACGCAGCAGCAGCAGCAGCAGCAGCUACAGCAGCAGCCGGGCUGCUAGCGAGAAUUCGAGCUAGCAAGAAAGCUGGCCGCAGCAUCGCGGAAACGCAGCAGCAGCAGCAGCAGCAGCAGCAGCAGCAGCAGCAGCAGCAGCAGCAGCAAGCACACAUCGCCUAUAGUCGCUGGGGGCUGCGGACUUCUCCGCUACGAUGGGGCAGCAGCACGAGCAGCAGCAGCAGAGAGAGCAGCAACAGCAGCAGCCUGGGUCGAAAGCAUGCCAGCAGCAUAGACAUGGAUGGCUUGAAAGGCAGCAGCAGCAGCAGCAGCAGCAGCAGCAGCAGCAACAGCAGCAGCCUGCUGCAGCACUGGACCUUUCGUGAAAUGCGCUGGUGCCUCAUGAGGGACUCAUCACCUGGCAGUGAAGACGGCGAGAGUGUCUAUACACUGCAGCAAGGGCAGCAGCAGCAGCAGCAGCAGCAGCGGGAAGAAGGGCAGCUGCUGGGGCGGCAGAGAGCAGCAGCAGCAGCAGCAGCAGCAGCAGCAGCAGCGAAAGCACCGAAAGCAGCCACAGAAGCUGCUGCACCCAGCAGCUGGGAAGAACUUGCUGUUUGCAGGAGCAGCCCCAUUAGCAGCAGCAGCAGCAGUCACAGCAGCAGCAGCAGCAGCAGCCACUGCUGCAGCCAGAGCAGCAGCAGCAGCAGCAGCAAGCCCAAGGCUUCAACAAGAGACUGUGGGGUCCAGGUGUCUCUACACCUGGAGAGCAGCACAGCCUUCGCCAGCCCACCAAACAAAAGCUUGAGGGACAUCAGAUUAACUGCUGCUUCUGUCUCUCCUGUUGCUGCUGCUGCAGCAGCUGCUGAGUUCAGCCCUGCUGCUGCUGCUGCUGCUGCUGCUGCUGCCAUCACGGUAGAUACAAGCAAGGCAGCAGCGGGCUCUCUGCUGCCUUUGAUAAGAAGCUGCAGCCGCCAUUCAGAGGAUUUCCAGUUGCCUCCGUCUGCAGCAGCAGCAGCAGGAGCAGCAGCAGCAGGAGCAGCAGCAGCAGGAGCAGCAGCAGAAUCUGCAGCAGAAACUGCAGCAGAAACUGCGGCAGAAGCUGCAGAAGAAGCUCCAGCAGAAGCUUCAGCAGAAGCUGCAGCAGAAGCUUCAGCAGACGCUUCAGCAGAAGCUGCAGCAGCUGCUGCACCAGAAGCUGCAGCAGAUGCUGCAGCAGAUGCUGCAGCAGCAGCUGCAGCAGAAGCUGCAGCAGAUGCUGCAGCAGAAACUGGAGCCGAAGCUGCAGCAGCAGCUGCGCCAGAAGCUGCAGCAGAAGCUGCAGCAGCAGUUGCAACAGAAGUUGGAGCAGAAGCUGCAACAGAAGUUGGAGCAGAAGCUGCAGCAGAAGCUGCAGCAGAAGCUGCAGCAGCUGCGGCAGAAGCUGUGGCAGACGCUGCAGCAGAAGCUGCAGCAGAAACUGCAGCAGUUGCUGCAGCAGAAGCUGCAGCAGAAGCUGCAGCAGCAGCAGCGGAAGGACCACUGCUGCUGCCAGGUCUAAAAUUGCAAAGUGAAGAAAAAGAAGAAAGUGAGAAACUCAUUCAGCCUUUGGAUCACCGGAAGCUUGAAGUAGCUGGGGUGUACAGACACCUGAAAGAGAGCAGCAGCAGCAGCAGCAGCAGCAGCAGCAGCAGCAGCAGCAGCAGCAGCAAGAGCAGCAAACUGUGGCGAUAUGUAAGCACUCCAGCUGUGGCUGCCCACGCUGCAGCAGCAAGAGGACCAGUGGACCACAAGUCCGAACAACUGCUGCUGUCGGCCGGCCAGAGCAGCAAGGCCUCAUUCCACAAGAGCAGCAACCAUGGCAGCAGCAGCAGCAGCAGCAGCAGCAGCAGCAGCAACCGGAGGUGCAGCAGCAGCAGCAAGAGGCCGCCAGCAGCGCCUAAAGGCAUUCCUCUUGCCUCUCUUAUGAGGCAAAAAUAUUCCAGGUGGAGGCCACCAGGAAGAAGAGAAAAAGCAGAGUCUAGUAACUGCAGCAAGCAGCAGCAGCAGAGAGAUCAGCAGCAGCUGCUGCAGCAGGAGCGACAGCUGCAGCAGUGGCUCAUGCCGCUGCAAGAGGAGCUGCAGCAGCUGCAGCACGACGAGCAGCUGCAGCAGAUGCUGCUGCCGCUGCAAGAGGAGCUGCAGCAGCUGCAGCACGAUGAGCAGCUGCAGCAGAUGCUGUUGCCGCUACAAGAGGAGCGGCAGCAGCGGCAGCAGCUGCAGCAGCUGCAGCAGCUGCAGCAGGAGCAGCAGCUGCAGCAGUUGCUGCUGCCGCUGCACGACAAGCGGCAACAGCUGCAGCAGGAACAACAGCUGCAGCAGUUACUGCCGCUGCAAGGGAAGCGGCAGCAGCUGCAGCAGGAGCAGCGGCUGCAGCAGCUGCUGCUGCCGCUGCAAGAGGAGCGGCAGCAGCUGCAGCAGGAGCAGCAGCUGCAGCAGCUGCUGCUGCCGCUGCAGCAGGAGCAGCAGCAGCUGCCGCUGCUGCUGGGCCAAGAAUAUCAAGAGCCGCAGGAUUCGAGCUGCAGUCUGGAGGAACUGAAGAGCAGCAGCAGCAGCAGCAAAUCGGCGUCGAGUCUGGGGUGUAUAGACACCUCAAGUUGCCACUUUUCUCUCAAAAACUCUGAAUUAAAACUCACAAAAAUAAAAAGUCUCAGCAGCAGCAGCAAGCAGAGAAGGGGGGCCCCCGGGGGCCCCCGCAGGGCUCGGAGUCGAGAGAGGCGGUGGAGGGUGCAGGAGCGAAGCCGAAGAAGCCGCAGCAGCAGCAGCAGCAGCAGCAGCAGCAGCAGCAGCAGGAAGCUUUUGGGGGCCUCUUAUGUGUCUGCAGUGAUGAGGGAUUUGGCAAGAAGGGGAAAGAAAGGAAAAGAAGGCCUCGGAGCAGCAGCAGCAGUGGACCACUCAGUGGACCACUGGUCACGCCGGGGGGCCCCUGCGGGCUGCAGCAGCAGCAGCAGCAGCAGCAGCAGCAGCAGCAGCAGGGGGCCCCCUGCUGCUGGGGGCCCCUUGGAGUUGCAUGCAGCAGCAGCUGUGGGGCCCCCUGAGAAGCUCUGCAGCCUCCAGAGCCUUGCUGCCAGCGCCGUCUUUGCCUCGUUGCUGCUGGCCGGCUGA